GGACAAGAGGUCAAAACUGAGGUCCCUAGAGCAGCAGAGGCCGGCUUAUAUACAUGGGAAGAUAAGGGCAGGCUGUGCGCACUGGUCCGUGUGCAGCUGGUCCGUGCACAGCAUGCUGACGCGGCUCCGGGGGCCGUAGAUAACGACGUGUCCGUAUCAGGCAGGUAG